AGAGAGAGAGAGGAAGAGAGAGAGCGUGUGCGAGAGAGAUGAGAGCCGCUCUGCAUGCUACUGAUUCAAUAGUGGCGUGAAGCGCACAUCCGGCAACGUUAUCCUCUCUCUCUCUCUCUCUCUCUCUCUCUCUCUCUCUCUCUCUCUCGCCAUCUCGCAGCAUCGCUGAGACGCAAUCUCUAACGACGUGCUGGGAUUACAGGCUUCGAUUCUUCGUGAGUUUAGUCCUUAUUGUUGGCGACACAACACGACUGAUAUCAGUGUGUGUGUGUCUGAGACUGAUAUAUACGCGUGUGUGUCUGUCUGGGAUUGAUAUACGCGUGUGUCUGCGUGUUCGUGUCGUCGGUCGGUCGGCCAGCCAUCAGCGCAUCAGGAUGAGGAAUGUGAAGAUGACGUCGACGUUUUUAGUGUUUCUCAGCGUCUUCCUCAGCAUCCCUUGCUCCAGCGGCCGUCAGAAACAACAAGUCAGAAUCGGUGCGUUGUUUGAUAACGGGGAUGAGACGAUGAUAGAGGUGUUCAAGAUUGCUACUCAGCAUGCCAGCCUCAGCAACACCAUGUUCACGUUCGUGCCUAUCGUCGACACCAGCAUCGCCGGAGACAGCUUUGUAGCCUCGCAGAAAGCCUGCAAGAUUCUCAAGAUGGGCGUGGUCGCCAUGUUCGGUCCGCAGUCGCUCUCAUCGAGCGCCCUCGUGCGGUCGAUCUGCGACACUAUGGAGAUGCCCCACCUAUCCACGGAGCUCAGCUACGGUGUCCGAGGAGAGGAGUACUCCAUACGUCUCUACCCGGACCAGGACACGCUCAGCAACGUCUACACAGAGCUGAUCAGUAGCUGGCAGUGGAAGAACUUUACUGUGAUCUACGAUGGAGCAGAAGGUUUGGUGAGAGUGAAACACAUAUUGGCCCUGCCAGGGAAGAUGCUGGAUAAGCGCAGUAAAUCCGCCACCAUGCAGAUCACCGUCAGACAGCUAGAGGGCAGCGACUACCAACCUCUACUCAAAGAGAUCCGGCAACGCGGGGAUCAACAAAUCGUGAUCGACUGUGACGCAUCGAAGAUAGCUCGCAUCAUGAAUGACGCUAAGAAGAUGAAGAUGGUGACGCAGUACUACCACUAUUACUUCACAUCGCUGGACAUGACGACGGUGAAACUAGAUAAGAGCAUCCAGCGAAGCGGCGCCAACAUCACCUUCCUGCGUCUCAUCAACCCCGACUCACGCGCCCUCUCGCGGCGAUACGACUUCCACACGCUCGGCGACAUUCUGACGAGAGGCGGUCGCCAGCCCCUACACAUCGGUUACUGGAACUCGGUCGGGAAUCUGACGGUGACAAAGACGAAGAAGGACCGUACGGAGGACACCCUGGCGUUCCUCAACGGAACUACGCUCAAGGUCACCUCCAUCGAGAAGGCAGACCUGGCCGUGGCGCCGCUGACGAUAACAGCACAGCGAGAGGACGACGUCGACUUCACGAAGCCCUUUAUGACUCUCGGCAUCAGUAUCCUGUUCAAGAAACCCAAACAGAAGGACCCGGAACUAUUCGGCUUUCUGCGCCCCCUGGCGCUCGACGUGUGGGUGUACGUCAUUGUAGCCUACCUGGGUGUGUCUCUGCUGCUGUUCGUGCUCGCUCGCUUCUCGCCGUACGAGUGGUACAAUCCGCAUCCGUGCAACCGCAACUCGGAUCUGAUCGAGAAUCAGUUCACGGUGAUGAACAGCUUGUGGUUCACCAUCGGCUCGCUCAUGCAGCAGGGAUGCGAGAUCAUGCCGCGAGCGACGUCGACGCGCCUCGCUAGCGGCAUCUGGUGGUUCUUCACUCUAGUCAUCAUCUCGUCGUAUACAGCGAACCUGGCGGCGUUUCUCACCGUCGCUCGCAUGGUGACGCCGAUAGAGAACGCAGACGACCUAGCCGGACAGACGGACAUCAAGUACGGAUGCGUGGCUUCCGGUUCGACGCAGAACUUCUUCCGGGAGUCCAAGAUACCGACGUACGAGCGCAUGUGGGCUUUCAUGAACUCUAACCCGGACGUGUUCGUUAACUCGAGCACGACAGGCAUGGAGAAGGUGCGGAGGGAGAAGUAUGCCUACCUCAUGGAGUCAACUAUGGUGGAGUAUAACAUACUGAGAGACUGUUCGCUUCAGCAGGUGGGCGGCUUGCUAGACUCUAAAGGAUACGGAAUAGGCACGCCGAGAAAUUCUCGCAUGAGGGACAUACUAUCCAGCAUCAUCUUAAACCUCACCGAAGAAUCACAGUUUCACAUAAUCAAAGAUAGAUGGUGGAAGGAGAAGGCAGGCACACAGUGUCAGGCCAUCGAAACGAAGAAAGACGAAGCGAGCAGCUUAGAUACGAGCACACUAGGUGGCGUCUUCGUCGCUCUCCUCGGUGGCACGAUAGUGGCGAUGGUGAUGGGCGUCGUAGAGUUUCUAUGGAAACGCAGACAGCAGGCUUACAUAGAACAGGACCCAUUCUGCAUAGCCGUGAUAGAUCAGCUCCUCUUUGCUGCUAACUGGUGUACGGGAGACAAACCGCCACCUGCUGCCCCCUUGCGGAGGAAAGCCGCGCAGGACCGCUACGUAGAGGCGCCUGGCUUUCACCCGAAUUCCUUACAACCGUACGGACUCGACAACUACAGCAACCACGCGUCCGUGCACGUGCCGCCCAUGCCCCAGCGGGACUUCCGUUAGUGUGCUCGUGGCGCCAUCUGACGGAGAAUUCGUACAUCGAACUGAAUUUUCCCGAUUACGUUUUGCGCGAGUUGUUACGUAUUAAUUAAGUCGUUUCGCGGUUUAUCCCGAAAAUAUUUUGGGAACCAGGAUUGUCUGGAUGCUUUUGCAAUUGUACCAGUUUGUUGCUUUUAUAUAUAUGCAUAUUUCUGAUUGCGUGCGUGCGUGCGUGCUUACGUGCGUGUGUACGUGUGUGUGCGUUAUUGCGUAUCAGUGUCAUAGGAACUAAAUACCGCAACAUAGAUUAUUUAAAACAUAGAUUAUUUAAAACAUAGAUUAUUUAAAAGGAAUUGUUUCGACAUUGUUUUUUUCUGGAGCGUUUGAUGAUUUUUAUUCUAACAGUUAAAUUUUUCCAUUUCCUAUAUUUGUUAUGCUUUUGCGUGUAUCAGUCGUGUAAAAUAAUCUUUUAUGAGAUACUGAAUGAAAUAAAUAAUUCCAUGUU